CCUUAAAAAUGUAUUCUCACUUAAUCUGAAGUAACAGCCACAAUGAAAGCUUUACAUUUUAUCGCUUACACGUUUCUUAUAAAAUCUAUUAUAUGUAUAGAUUUUGAUAGUUACGAGGUCAAUCGAAUAGAAUUCACGCCGGUACACGAUGCCAUCAUUUUCAAAGAUAUCGCUGACAUUAUGACGGAAUUCGAAAAUAACAUGUAUACGGAGUUGAGUACACCGGUCAUGAAUUAUAGCGAAAGUGAUGAGGAUAUAGAAGAUUUACUAUCAGAAUAUCAACAUUACUUAGAUAAGGCGCAUAAACAGAGACUUGGUUAUACGGAGAGAAGCAAGAGCAAAAAUAAAGUUCCGAUGUUACGUCACGAAAAAUAUAGCAAAUUGAAACCAAAAACACAAGUCGACGACCAAACAAACUAUUAUUUCGACAUGAAACAUCAUGCUAAUCCAUUUUUCAACGCAAUGACUUUACCCAUUAAAACUAAUUAUGACACUGAGAUGAGGGAGAAAACAAUGAUUGAUCUGCCUCAAAUUUUAUCUAAACCAACAUACGAGCCAGCGUCAUCUUGCCAUUGUAAAGUCGACCAAAUCCCUUGCAAGUGCCCAUGCAAGCAAUGUUUCCUAACACUAACUGAAACAGGUGAAUUUAAUCAUCGCGACCAGAAAAUCAACUCAACGAACGACAAAAUGAGUCUGCGGAUUAAAGUUGAUGUACAGUUACCUAACUUAUCUGAUUUAAUCAAUUUUAUAAAAUUACACAGCGUCGACAGAAAAAACAGUCUGGAAUGGCCGACGCCAAAGAGCAUUCUAGCAAAUUUUAAUGUUCCAUUCCCGUUUGCUGAAAUUCCAAUGCCCAUACACACUUUCGAUUUCCGUAAUAGUUUUCUAAAGGAUAAUACUCCUGUACAUAAAAUAACAAUACAUAAGAAGAAAAAAUCACGAUCUAACAAUGGCAAAAAACAUAAAGGUAAAAAAUUAUUUAGUUUUCAUCAUGAAAACAUUGAUCCACAAUAUCAUGAAAAUAAUACUGAUGUUAUCAACAAACAUAAUUCGGAUAAUAGAACGGUAACCUUCAAUGGUAGUGUAACAAACACUAUAACACCAAGCAAUCAGUCUGAUGCUUUUGAUACAAUCCGUAAUAUAUCAAUCCAUAAUAUUGGAAAUACUAUUCCCGAUACCAAGUUGGAUUCUUUUAACACAAUAUAUUUAACUAUGAACAUAUCAAACAACGAUAAUAACACGGAGGAAUCAAUCAAAAUAGAAAACAGUAUUGAGAACGAUUACGUUAAAUACAACAUCACGACUGGUCAACCGUUUCGUUUGAAGCGUGAAAUAUAUGAUUUCAGCGUGCGGCCGUUUAAAGCGGCGUUCAAAAAACUAAUAAAUGAAUCCCAGCAGACAAAUCAAACAUUUACAAACAAAACAAUAGAAUCGAAAAGAACUUUAGUUGCGGCGGACGGUCUUUUGCUUUAUUGGCCAAAUGAAAUCAAAUCACAACCAGCGCCGACAAAGAAUAUAACAGCUUUGAUCAUGGAGAGAGAAUCAAAGAAACGUAAAUUAAAUAUAACCCACGAGGCUAUACGUAGUAAUCGGACGAAAGCUCUCGAACAGGCCAUUUUUGGGGACGUUAAUUGGAACGACGUUGACACUGUGGCUCCUGUUUUCAUGUCGUUUGUUGGUAAAUACAUCAAAGGUAUACUGACAUUCUGCUCUGACAGUGUAUGCCAUUCAAUGAAAUGUUCAGAUAAAGUAUGCACGCAUAGAAUAUGUACACCACAAAAUAGAUACAAUCAACAUGGCCACUGUCCUGGCAACAACAGAACCGACAGCGUAGCAAAUAUGGAAUCUAUCAUGGAUUUACCAUCGAGCAUCGCUUUUGAAAUAGUCGAUAUAUUACAAGACAAUCUUUCGGGUAAAAUUUAUGGUAAAAUGACGCUAUGUAUAAACUCCAAAUGUUGCACGUUCGUGGCCGCUAAAAAAAGUUUCCAAAAAGCCAAAUGCACACAAAAAGAUGUCGACCCGUCGUCUGGUCAUUGUACUAAUUUAAAAAACGCAAAAGUAAACUAAAUCUUACGUAGAACAUUACAAAACUUAAGCUAUAUAACUAUAUUGUUUGUAAACACCGUAGUCGGCUCAUAGAGCUCUGAUAAAAGUAGCUUGCACUGUGGUUUAUCUUUAGUGAGUACAAUAAUGUUCAUGAAAAAUACAUUACCAUUAAAUGUUA